UUCUUAAGGAUAAUUGUCUAAUUACUGAGAUUAAAAUAGCCUAUAUUUCAUCAUUUUUUACAUGUUAAUCCAAAGUUAAACUAACGGAGCUUCACUGGUUUCAUCUACUACAACACUCUCGUUUUCGCUCGCUCUCAUACCCAAAUUUCAUAUUCAGGAUCGUUAAUAUGCCGGAUUCAAAACCAGCAUUGAGGAAGCCGGUGUUUUGUAAGGUUGAUCAGCUUCUUCCAGGGACUAGAGGACACACCAUAAUUGUGAAGGUUGUUAGUGUUAAAUUGGUAGAUCAGAACGAUCGUCCUGAUGGACUUAAACUCCGCCAUAUGCGAAUGGCUGAAUGUUUGGUCGGUGAUGAGACUGGGACGAUCAUAUUCACUGCAAGACAUGAACAGGUGGAUUUGAUGACAGAAGGCUCCACUAUCAUUGUGCGUAAUGCCAAAAUUGACAUGUUCAAAGGAACGAUGAGACUUGGUGUGGACGUUUGGGGCCGUAUUGAACUCACAGAACCAGCUGCCUUCACAGUCAAGGAAGAUAAUAACUUGUCCCUAAUUGAGUAUGAACUGGUGAAUGCCGUUUAAUGACUUGUUGGGAGCAUUCUGAAAUGUUCAAUGAAGAAUCAAAACAAUCCAAGAAAGAAACCUACUUUUGCCUAUGGGAAAUAUGAUCAUGCUUAUUGCAAUUCACCUUACUAGAAGUAUAAAUUUGUGUAGCCAUUAUUACCACCAGCUACUCUUUAUCUUUGCAAGCAUCAAAGUCUAUAGAUCUUGUAGCUUUAACUACCAAUGAGAUGGUGAAAAAAAGGGAAUUGGGUUCCAGAUUAUACUUUUUGUUAUGUCUAUCUUUUUAUAUUUUAAUUAUGUUUAUCUUUGUCUACUUUGGAUUUUAUGCAUCACAAUAUUUUAUAUGGCAUGUGGAUGUGUAUAACUUGAUUCAA